CUGAGCAGCAUGGUUUUAAGAAGCCAAAUGAUGAUCAUGCACUUCAGUUGAUGAACAAGUGUGCACAAACAGUGAUGCAAGAACUAGAAGACAUUGUUAUUGCAUAUGGCCAAAGUGAUGAAUACAGCUUUGUUUUCAAAAAGAAAACCAACUGGUUUAAGAGGAGAAAAAGGAUUUGAUGGACGUGUUAUAUUGUAUCCUAGUGACCAGAAUCUAAAAGACUAUCUCAGUUGGCGACAGGCUGAUUGUCACAUAAAUAAUCUGUACAAUACAGUAUUUUGGACUCUUGUGCAGAAAAGUGGCUUAACACCAGUAGAAGCACAAAAGAGGCUACAGGGGACUCUUGCAGGUGACAAGAAUGAAAUUUUAUUUUCAGAAUUCAACAUUAAUUACAACAGUGAACCUCUGAUCCAUAGAAAAGGAACUGUUCUAGUAUGGCAAAAGGUAAAUCAAAUCAUCAGGAAAACAAUUAAAAUUCCAAAGGAAACAGAAGAGAAGGAAGUUGAAGUGACUCGGAUGAGGACUGCAGUGGUUCCUUUGCACUGUGACAUCAUUGGGGAUCAGUUUUGGGACCAAUAUCCUGAAAUCCUAUCUGAUGAUAGCUGACCUUUUCCAUCUGGAUUCUAGCAUGAAAUAUUUUAUACAGUUUACUUUGCAAGGACCAAAUAAUGGGAGAGGAAUAUAUGGCUAGCCCAAUAUGAAUAUUAAUGUAGUAUAAACAUGUGCAAUAUCCAUGUUGCCAGAGAAUACAGAAAAAAGGACUUCUCUUUUAUGCAGCAUCCAUAAAUAUUAAUAUAAUGUUCCAUCAGAAUUAUGAGGUGCCUUAUAAUAUCGACAAACUUUACAGUGGAAAAGGAAUGCCUUUAAUUUAAGCCCUUGCCCUCAAAGGCACUCUGUUGGUACAAAUCCCAUGAGAUUUUAAGAUGCCCAUUUAAAACUCUGAAAACAUUUAAACUCCUGCUUCAAAUUAAGUUCUAUCAUCAGGGAGCCAAGUUACAAAUUAUCCUAGUUGCUAAUGUCUCUGGAUUAUAUGAGUGAUAAACAAAAUGUCCUGGCAAGUAGCUGAAACUAAUUAGGAAGUUUUCUCUCAAGUGUAAAUUAGUUCUGGCCUUUUUGAAAGCUAUGGAAACGUAAUUUCCCUCUGUAAUUGUACAUUUAUUGUUUGGACUCUCUCCUCGCUGCUUUACUGAUUAUUAGAGAGGGUCUCAGGUGGCCAUACUGGAGUAAUAAAGUUAUUGUAUAAGGGGGGUAUCACAGCAGGAUAUGUUUGUAGGUCAUGCUCUCAUUUUCUGCUGCCUGGGAAACUAUCCAGUUCCUGCUGUUGAGGAUUGUGGCAACCAACUUAACUGAAAGUUCUUUUUUACUGUGGUGUGAAGUUCAAAAAGAGUUUGUGCUGCUCUUCUGUGUUUCCUUCUUAAAGAGCCAUGGAAUCGCAAGGCUUCUUCCCAAGGAAAGAAAAGAUGAGGCAACUUGGAGUGAUUGUGAGAUCUGUGUGAGCGUUUGUCCAUGUAAAAAUCAGGCCAAGACAGUGACUUGGUUCUCAAGGAGUGACACCCCAUCAUGGUUUCAGCAGGGGUGGCUUAUUGUUUGUGAACAAGCCACACUGAUAAUCUAUGGCUUGUUCUAGUGGCUUAUCAAACAGCAACAGGUUGUUGCAUGAGUCAAACCUGGGAGAGCAAUUUUGUUGUAGGUCGCUGCCUCAGUCUUCUCCAGGACAAUUUGGCAAGGGUGGUGAAAACAACAAGAAUUAAUGACUAGAAUAUGGAAGGGUCUGGGGUGAGCAGUUAGGGCUGCAAAGUGUCCUGGAGUAGUUACAGGAUUGAGAGGGGAGAAUGAAGAGGAAAACCCCAACCAAGCCCAGUUGUUUGUGAGGCAGGCCAGGGGUUCCUCAGCAAACAGACCAUACUACAUAGGUCAACGUACUGUUAAGUGCAAACCAACCCAGACUCUGGGAGAUACUAACAGAAGGGUUUUACACAGGUUGUUUUCCUACUGUUAUUCCAGGUUUCUCCCUCUGUCAUUCCCCAUUGUUAUCCUGCUUUUAAAGGAAAUAAGAUUAGCUGGAACAAUAGGCAUUUUAGUGUCAUUCAUUAAAGCCUAUUUUAAAAAACUUCUAAUAAAAAUAUUCAUCUGA